AUGAGACGCCGGCUGUUCACGAUUGCAUCAUUGGUGGUCCUCGCACUGAAUGGCACCCAUUGUCUCAACGAUCGUAUUUAUGCCAAUCAGCGUCCGCUAAACAAACGUCUCGUAGGCACAGGGUUCAUCCAAGCAUCUACCUUAAGUGAGCCAGCCAUAGUGCACACAAUUACAUGCUUUGUUAUUGAGGAAGGAGGCUCGUUAAGUAUCGCCUUAACUACUACUACAGUUGUAUCGUUUACUCAUAUCAAACGAGGAAGGGGCGGUGUGACGAGCAGAGGCGUGAAUGACGUCAUAGAAGCUGUUCUUGCAACCCCUGGUUUGGAUGGCUGCUUCCUAACGAUCGUCACGCUUAACCUGUCACCAGCUAUAACCACUGAACAGAUCAUCCAAAAAUUUGGUGGCAAGAAAGGGGUGGGCCUAUUUGACAUUCAGAAGGAAGGUCAAAGUGGUAAUCUGACCCUAUCCUCGUCCACGCUGAUAAACGACAUUCAAAUGGUAAAGGAGAGUUCCGGUUGCCAGACGUUCAUCUUGAUAUCGGACGAUCCGACGUCGCUGAAAACAUUCCUGCGACAGAUCCACGACAGCAGCAGUCUGCUGUCGUGGCCGACGAGACUCGUCGUGGUCACGCAUGCGCAGUUGCAGUCUCUUCUCGCCGUUCGGAGGGAGAUCUCCGUGACGAACAGCGUCAUCGCUAUUCUGGAAGGAGGCGUCGGUAACAGAAGGGCAAGCCUUCACAUCUGCCUUCCCUUCAGCCUACGCGUGAUUCGCAUAGCGUCUUGGACGCCUCGGGACGGAUUGCGAUUCUCAUCUGGUUUCCAGCUUUUUCCGGAUAAGUUUAAAAGUCUGGCCGACGGAGGUCAGAUGAAGGUGGCCUCCGAAAACUACCCGCCCCACGCCCAAGUGGAGGAGAUCGCGGGCGACAGCGACGGGAGGAUCAGUUAUUCGGGACCGGUGCUGACCCUGUUGGAUACCCUUGCCAUGAAGAUCAAUUUCACAUAUAACCUGGUUCGUCCCCCAGAUGGCUCUUGGGGAAUGCGACGCCCAGAUGGGUCCUGGACCGGUAUGGUAGGGAUGGUGUAUCGGAAGGAGGUCGACAUGGCCCUGGGUCCGUUUGGAAUCACUUACUUGCGAUCCCAGUUCAUUGACUACACCAAGUCGAUGUUCGUCGACUACGUCCGCGUCCUGGCAAAGAGGGGGGAGACCGAAGUGGACCCUUGGGGCUUCGUGAUGCCCUUGGCACCCACCGUGUGGUUCACCACCUUCGGCGUCCUCGCUCUGGUGCUAGUGACCGUGAGCCUGAUGGUUCUGGUUUCACCAGACCCCGAAAAGGAACUCGGAAAUAUGGCCGUUCAGUAUGUUCGGAUAUUUAUCCAACAAGACAUGGUUAUGAAAUCGAAGAUGCUGUGGACUCGUAUUCUGAUGGGCUCUUGGGUCCUGCUGCUCUUCGUGGUCGUCAAAUGCUACAGCGGAAAUCUCAUGUCACUUUUGGCGGUGAGAUACCUACCGCAGCCGUAUCAGACUCUCCGGAGAGUAGUCGACGACCCGGCAGUUACGAUGUUGUGGGAGGCAAACUCCGCUUUCAUGCAGGUUAUCAAAGCAACUGUGAAUUUUACCUGUCGAAGGAACUGUUUCUGCCUUUGACGUUCGCUUUAAUUUAUCAGAAAAACAGCCCAUUGGGGUCGUCUCUCAAUGAGAGAAUAAGGGCGAUUUCUGAGAGCGGCCUCUACAAUCAUUGGCUCCAAUCAGCGGUACCCAAUUCGACCUCGUGUCUCUACCCACCGACUAAGGUCACCGUCCAGUCUCCUCUCUACUUAAGGAAUAUUUGGGGAAUAUUUGCAAUGUUUUUCGGAGGACUUGUCCUCAGCUGCGUAGUCUUCGGGGUUGAAAAGCUCAUUGGCGUUUUCUUCAAGUCAGAAAGUUCGUCAGACUGAAGCCAUAAUCAAUCCUGCGGUUCCAAGUCUCUUA